GGUACCGGGCCGGGGGAGCCGCGGGCUCUCGGGGAAGAGACGGAUGAUGAACAAGCUUUACAUCGGGAACCUGAGCCCCGCCGUCACUGCCGACGACCUCCGGCAGCUCUUCGGGGACAGGAAGCUGCCCCUGGCGGGACAGGUCCUGCUCAAGUCCGGCUACGCCUUCGUGGACUACCCCGACCAGAACUGGGCCAUCCGCGCCAUCGAGACCCUCUCGGGUAAAGUGGAAUUGCAUGGGAAAAUCAUGGAAGUUGAUUACUCAGUCUCCAAAAAGCUCAGGAGCAGGAAAAUUCAGAUUCGAAACAUCCCUCCUCACCUGCAGUGGGAGGUGUUGGAUGGACUUUUGGCUCAGUAUGGGACAGUGGAGAAUGUCGAACAAGUCAACACAGACACAGAAACUGCCGUUGUCAACGUCACAUAUGCAACAAGAGAAGAAGCAAAAACAGCCAUCGAGAAGCUAAGCGGGCAUCAGUUUGAGAACUACUCCUUCAAGAUUUCCUACAUCCCGGAUGAAGAGGUGAGCUCCCCUUCGCCCCCUCAGCGAGCCCAGCGUGGGGACCACUCUUCCCGGGAGCAAGGCCAUGCCCCUGGGGGCUCUUCUCAGGCCAGACAGAUUGAUUUCCCGCUGCGGAUCCUGGUCCCCACCCAGUUUGUUGGUGCCAUCAUCGGAAAGGAGGGCUUGACCAUAAAGAACAUCACUAAGCAGACCCAGUCCCGGGUAGACAUCCAUAGAAAGGAGAACUCUGGGGCUGCAGAGAAGCCUGUCACCAUCCAUGCCACCCCAGAGGGAACCUCUGAAGCAUGCCGCAUGAUUCUCGAAAUCAUGCAGAAAGAGGCUGAUGAGACCAAACUAGCUGAAGAGAUUCCUCUGAAGAUCUUGGCCCACAAUGGCUUGGUUGGAAGACUGAUUGGAAAAGAAGGCAGAAAUUUGAAGAAAAUUGAACACGAGACAGGGACCAAGAUAACAAUCUCAUCCUUGCAGGAUUUGAGCAUAUACAACCCUGAAAGAACCAUCACUGUGAAGGGCACAGUUGAGGCCUGUGCCAAUGCUGAAAUAGAGAUUAUGAAGAAGCUGCGUGAGGCCUUUGAAAAUGAUAUGCUGGCUGUUAAUCAACAAGCCAAUCUGAUCCCGGGGUUGAACCUCAGCGCACUUGGCAUCUUUUCAACAGGACUGUCCAUGCUGCCUCCGCCAGCAGGGCCCCGAGGAGCUCCCCCCGGUCCCCCCUACCACCCUUUCACUACCCACUCCGGAUACUUCUCCAGCUUGUACCCCCCUCACCAGUUCGGCCCGUUCCCGCAUCAUCACUCAUAUCCAGAGCAGGAGAUUGUGAAUCUCUUCAUCCCAACCCAGGCUGUGGGUGCUAUCAUCGGGAAGAAAGGGGCGCACAUUAAACAGCUGGCCAGAUUCGCCGGGGCCUCCAUCAAGAUUGCCCCAGCAGAAGGCCCAGACGUCAGUGAAAGGAUGGUCAUCAUCACCGGCCCACCUGAAGCCCAGUUCAAGGCCCAGGGGCGGAUCUUUGGGAAACUGAAAGAAGAAAACUUCUUUAACCCCAAAGAGGAGGUGAAGCUGGAAGCCCACAUCCGAGUGCCCUCCUCUACAGCUGGCCGUGUGAUCGGCAAGGGUGGCAAAACCGUGAAUGAACUGCAGAACUUAACCAGUGCAGAAGUCAUUGUGCCUCGUGACCAAACGCCAGAUGAAAAUGAGGAAGUGAUUGUCCGAAUUAUCGGGCAUUUCUUUGCCAGCCAGACUGCACAGCGCAAGAUCAGGGAAAUUGUACAACAGGUGAAGCAGCAGGAGCAGAAAUAUCCUCAGGGAGUUGCCUCACAACGCAGCAAGUGAGGCUCCCACAGGCACCAGCAAACAACGGAUGAAUGUAGCCCUUCCAACACCUGACAGAAUGAGACCAAACACAGCCAGCCAGAUCGGGAGCAAACCAAAGACCAUCCUGAGGAAUGAGAAGUCUGCGGAGGCGCCAGGGGCUCUGCAGAGGCCCUGAGAAUCCGGGGGGCCAGGGAGGAGGCGGGAGGGCAGCCGUGCCGGGGCCCGGCCUCCCAGCUCCCCCAGGGCCUCUGCAGGCUUCCCAGCCAUCCACUUCACCAUCCACUCGGGUCUCUCCUAACCCCACCACGCUAUCCCUUCUAGUUGAACUAACAUAGGUGAAUGCGUUCAAAUCAAAGCAAAAUUCACACCCUUUUCUUUUUGUGGAAAAUUGUCUCUGUACAUGUAUGUACAUAUUAGAAGGGAAAGAUGUUAAGAUAUGUGGCCUGUGGGUUACACAGGGUGCCUGCGGCGUUAAUAUAUUUUAGAAAUAAUAUAUCAGAUAACUCAACUAACUCCAAUUUUUAAUCAGUUAUUCUUUUUUCUUUUUAAAGAGAAAGCAGGCUUUUCUAGACUUUAAAGAAUAAAGUCGUGCUUUGGGAGUUCUAACGGUUUAGUAAGGAGCUUCAAGGCCACCCACACAAAAUUCACCCGGAGGGAAAUCUCGUCGAAAGGACACUCACAGCAGUUCUGGAUCACCUGUGUAUGUCAACAGAAGGGAUACCGUCUCUCUGAAGAGGAAACUCUGUCUCUCUUCAUCCCUGUCUAGCUCACACACCCAUUUCUCUUUGCUUCACAGGUUUUAAACUGGUUUUUGCAUACUGCUAUAUAAUUCUCUGUCUCUCUCUGUUUAUCUCUCCCCUACCCCCUCUCUCCCUCCCCAUCCUCUCCAUCCCCAUUCUUGUUAAUUCCCUCAUCCCUCUGUCUCAAUUCCCAUAUCUACGCACCCCCCAGGCAAAGCAGUGCUCUGAGUAUCACAUCACACAAAGGAACAAAAGCGAAACACACAAACCAGCCUCAACUUACACUUGGUUACUCAAAAGAACAAGAGUCAAUGGUACUUGUCCUAGCAUUUUGGAAGAGG